AUGGACAAUUUGAUCGCGCACAAAGUGGAAGUCGAUGAUAAUAUGUUUCAUGUGGGAGUGAAAUACCAGAUUAACGUACAGAUAGCAUUUCACUCGGAAUUCGAUGGCAUCGGAAUCGGAGGUGGAGCCUCGGUUGGUGGCUGGGCGGCCGCAGCUGCUGCUCCUCUGUCGACCCCCUUCAUAGGCCUCGACCAAGCCCUCUCGUCCUCGUUCGAGCUUCUGAGGCCGUGGGAGUCUCCGUUGCCCCGCGACCGCUUCCUCGCUGCCCAUGCCGCUGGCAUCCACGCCCUCCUCAGCACCGGCCUCGCCGUCGUCGACGCCCUUCCCGCCCUCCGUUUCGUCAUUACCAACAGCGUGGGCGUCGAUCACAUCGACCUCGCCGAGUGCGCCCGCCGCGGCGUCUCCGUCGCCAACGUUGGAACCAUCUUCUCCACGGACGUCGCCGACUAUGCCGUCUGUCUCCUCCUCGACGUCCUCCGCCGGGUGUCAGCCGCCGACCGGUACGUCCGCCGCGGCCAGUGGCCGCUCGCGGGUGACUAUCCUCUCGGCUUCAGGCUGGGUGGCAAGCGGGUUGGUAUUGUAGGGCUGGGAAGUAUUGGAUGUGAAGUAGCCAAAAGGCUGGAAGUUUUUGGUUGUUUGAUCUCAUAUUUCUAUAGACAAAGGAAGCCAUCAACCACAUACACAUAUUUCCCAAGUGUUUGUGAUCUUGCAGCUGCAAGUGAUAUACUAGUUAUUACUUGUGCUCUAACUACUGAAACACAUCAUAUGGUCAACAAGGAUGUUAUGUCCGCAUUAGGGAAGGAUGGGGUCAUUAUAAAUGUGGCAAGAGGAGCUCUCAUUGAUGAAGCAGAGUUAGUCAAGCACCUGAUGCAAGGAGACAUUGCAGGAGCCGGUCUUGAUGUGUUCGAGCAUGAACCUGCUGUUCCCAAGGAACUCUUUUGCAUGGAUAAUGUUGUGCUAUCGCAUCAUACAGCUAUUCAUACUUCAGAAUCGUUCGUCGACCUUCAUGAGCUGAUCGUAGCCAGCUUAGAAGCUUUCUUCUCUAAUCGACCAUUACUAACCCCUGUUUUAGACUGUCGGUCUUUAUAGAUGUUGUGGUCAUAUAUUGAAGUUGCAUCAGACAAUCAUGUUCAUUCUAUGAUCAAAUCAGCUGCAAGCCUUCAAAUGGCUUUGCAUGGAAA